AUGAGCUCCAUCGCAACCGACCUUGCGCAGCGUCGCGACGACUCAUCCGAGCUGGCCUCGGGCGAAUCGGCCGGUCGAGCCGGGGCAAACGGCGACGACGUUGCGCCCUCGGGUCACGACAGCACCAACAUCACUAAUAAUCAUGCUUACAAAAGCUCACGAGUACAAUGCGAUUCCAAGACAUCGUGGGCCGAGCCAUCGCAGCCGGCACGGCCACCAGAAGUCACCCUGGCCUCCAGGGCGAUCCAAUUCUUUGCGACUGCUACGCCAGCAACUCUUGCAGGAUUCGGCGUCGGAGUCUCUGCAGUGACCUAUGCUGUUCUUGGGCGGCUUGGUCUCGUGCUGAUAGGGGCAUUCGGUGGCGUCGUCUCCUUUAUCAUAUGGGAGUCCAAGAACCCAGAGUUUGCUAGGGCAGUUCGCGGCGAGGAUGGACCAGCGGUAUUGGACAGAGUUUGGGCAGACUUGAAAACUGUAAGAGCCGUGGAGAAGCGGGACGACGACGACGAUGACGAGCAGUAUCGCAUGAGGGGCUUCGACGACUUUCGUCCAGAGACCAAAGAGGCGCUGAGCGGCUUGGUCGACGCCAUUGUCCAAAACUACAUCAAGUGGUGGUACAGUCCGCUUGUGCCUUCGGACCAUGCCUUUCCUCUUGCUGUCCGCAAGACCAUUACAUCCUAUCUAUUGGCCAUCUCGAACCGGUUGACCCGCAAGCGCCCAGCCGAUGCUUUUCUCGAUCUCCUCACCAAUUCGACGUCCAUGAUUAUCGUUUUUCUCUCAGAAUUAGCUACUGCCUUCGCCGAACUGCCCGCCGACACAAAUGUGAACGCUGCCGAUGCUAUAUACAAUUAUCUGGCGGAGAAUCCCGACUCCCGCCUUGCAAACCUGCUCAACAAGAGACAGCAGGCGACGAAAUUCAAGAUGGUUUCCGAGGACUUACUUGCAUUCCUAGACAAGAGUGCCUACAACUGCGAUCCCGCUCGGAUUUUCUUGCGGGAGAUUUUGGCGAAUUCCGUGCUCGAGCAGACGCUCCAGCAGUGCAGCAGGGCCGAGUGGAUCAAUGGGUGGAUUGUAUAUCUUUUGGAAGCAGGAGAGCCCAACUUGAAUCAAGCAAUCGAUGUUGGCAUGCAGACGGGCCGCGACGUGGCCAACAAUGUCUUUGCCGACUUGGACGGCAAUGUCGGUAACAUCGGCAUCGCCAAGCCUCGACGCGGUAGCAAUGAUCAAGGCCAGGGUCGACGGAAAGAGUCCUCUCACAAGAAAAAACUGAGCAAGGCAGAUGAGGAGCUGGAAGAGGCCAUGGAGGAAAUGAAGCGAAUGAACGCCAUGAUUGCACAGGAUGACUUGCGACGAAAGAGGGCAUCCACAUUGACAGAGGCAUCUGAGCGCUCAAAGCAGAGCAUGGAGUUGGUGACUGGAGACGGAGAGGCCCAGAAGAAUGGUUCCGCAUCCGAGACAUUGUCGCCGAUCUCUACCAAGUACCCGACUCGGGGAGCCUCUGUAGAUGGUAUCUCGACUCAGAGCGACACUGUUUACACACCACAUACGCCGCGAUCUACCACUGACUCCAUCAGUCAAGCAUCAUCUCCACAAGAAAGCAAAGAUCAGACAUUUACGAGUUUUGAUCAGAUUGUGCCCCCGGGUCAGCCAGAUAGCGAUGAAGAGUCGCCGAAAAAGGCACCGCUUACUUUGCACAACGCUUCUUUCACGCUACAUGAUGAUGGUUCAGGAGAUCAGGGAAAGAUCAAGAACAAGCCGAAUACGGACUACUUGAUCCAAGUCGAGCCAUCGUCCUCUCACUACCCCGGCUGGAUGAUUGUGAGGCGAUAUUCCGACUUUGAAACGCUUCACGAGAUCUUGAGGCGCAUUGCCGCCGUAUCGGGCGCAACCGCCUUUAUGGAACUUCACAAGGAACUGCCCAGCUGGAAGAUUCACACCCGGGAGUCUCUUCGCGGCGAACUGGAGAGGUAUCUACGAGACGCCUGUUGGUAUCAGGCCCUAGCAGAGAGCGAAGGCAUGAAGCGAUUCCUCGAAAAGUCGCAGGGACACACGCACGGCAACUCCAAGUCCUUUGGCUGGGAAACAAUGGGUAAGAACAUGCUCGAGGUUCUGUCGAUUGGUCCCAAGGGAGCCAUGGAAGGCGGCAAGAGUCUUGUCGGAGGCGUUAGCGGCGUCUUCGGCAACUUGGCUGGCCUGAACAGAAAGUCGACUGCUCAGUCUAUCGACCUUACCCCGAACCCAAAUCGAUUAUCCAUAUCAUCAAAUACGGCAAGCCGAGUUGAUAGCAUUGCACGGUCACCGGCGAGGUCGGAGCGUGCCAGUCUCGAUAGCCAGAGGUCAUCGGUGAUUGCUACCCAGCCAGGCAGGGUUAUGCCCAUGGAGCGAAUGCUGAGCUUCCAGUCUCCCAACUCCAGCGAGACGGACCUGCGAAUGGGCCAGAGGGGCCGGGUGGACUCGAUAUCUACUUCGGUAAGCGCACGACCUAGCAGGGAGCACAGUAGGACAUCCAGCCUGGCCGCUCUCCGGUCACCAUCGUCGAUUAGCCUAGACUUCACCAAGCUCCCGCCGCCGCCGGAUGAGAUUAGUGACGACUACGAAUCAAACGAGUUUGAUGCAAAGCCGCGUAGAAAGGAUGUCGGUGUCAUGGAAGAUCAUAGCCGCAACAAUAGUUCGGCAGCCUUGAACGGGUCGGCGUCGGCGCCGGCGUUAUCUGGCAAGAAGAGCCCGGCAAAGCCCGUCCGCCAGUUCACGCAGCUAAGCGAAGCGGAAACCCGCGUGGCAGUCGAGCUCAUCUUUGCCGUCAUCAACGAGAUGUACACCCUCUCGUCGGCCUGGAACAUCCGUCGCACGCUGCUCACGGCAGCAAAGUCGUUUUUGCUACGCCCCGGCAACCCCUCACUCCUGACGGUGCAGUCCCUCAUCCAGGCAUCUGUGAUUGACGCCAACACUUCGGAUGCAGGGAUCGCAUCCGGGCUACGCAAAGUGCGGGAGAACACCAUGCCCACGGAACAGGAGCAAGCAUCCUGGCCCGCGCCGUCGACCGAAGAGGACAAGAAGCAGCUGGCCAUCAAGGCCCGCAGGCUUCUGAUCCAAAGUGGAGUGCCGGCGGCCCUGAUGGGCGUGAUGGGACAGUCGGCCACAGGCGAGGCGCUGGGGCGUGUGUUUGACUGUUUGCAGAUCGAGGAGGUUGCGCGGGGACUAAUUUUUGGCCUAAUACUGCAGGCAGUGAGGGUUCUUACACACUGA